AUGAAGUCCGUGACCUGGGCCGACUUGCCACCUACUGGAGCACAGAUACAGAAGCUAGAGGAUGAAAACUGCGGGCUGCGAGCCAGGGUCGAUGAUCUGAAUGAUGAACUUGCUCGUCUGAAGCCUUUCUCCGAGGGAAUGCAAGCGCAGGAGGCGCCGGUGAACAAGUUGGACGUCGAUGAUGAAAACGCGGUCAAGUCGGUCAUUCCAUCAUUGGUGCCAUCGUUGCCAACAAUUCUCUCAAUACUCGACAAGAGAGUGAAGGAUGCAGGAACAGUCGACGAAGCGUGUGCAGCACAAGAGUUUCUUGACAAAGUGAAGAAGGAAUUUGAGGCUAUCAAGGCUAGAGAGCAGCAACAUUUCAAAGGUCGCGAACCCCUGCAAUUGGUCCUCAAGGAAGUCUGCCCGUAUCUUGACCUCGACACAACCCAACAUCAAUUCGACUAUGUUCCAGGUGUGGAGGCUGGGGACUUGGAAUUGGUAGACCCGUGGCUAGACGAGUUGACAAUCUUCGAAAAAGACAACGGACUGUGUGCGUACAGCACACCUGCCGGCAUUCUUUUCCUCACUGCGGUGUCAUACCCCAAUCAACUGAGCCACAAACACCUUGCCGGCUUAGUCAUGUUCGUCCUUGACUCGAAACGCUUCGAGCGCUCUUCAGUCCCCCUUCUUGAAGUAGUGCUUCACGUUAUCGGUCGACGUGCGGAGGCACGCCAGGAAAUGAUCACAGCCAAGUUGACUACCUUUACUCUACGAGCCUUCGAGUUCUUGGGCGCGUUUCUCAGAUAUGAAGAAUUGUGA